AUGGAUCUGGUCCGAUUUAUUAACGAAAAAUAUUGUAAAUUAAAUGGUAUUGACGAACAAGUUAAUGGUGGUUGUAUAAGAUCCGAAAGAAGUUGCCAAUUAGAUUUUCGUAGAUGGGGAGCGAAGUUCGAAGCAAAUGCACAACGCCCGUACUUUGAGGGACAUGAAAAGGACGAUGUUGUAAAACAUCGUAAUGAUUUUAUAAAUUAUUUUUUGGAACACAAGGAUUUUUAUCGUACCAUUACUGAUGGCGAAGCACCUGCAUGGAGUCUUCCAGUUAAAAGUCGUCAAAGGAUAAUAAUAUGUAGUGGUGAUGUAGAUUAUGUUGAACGAACUGCAACCGCGAGUAUCAACAUUGGAUCGGAUGCAUAUUUCAACAACGAAACAAUCUUGAAUCAAUUUGAAAGAUUGUUUCAAAUGCUUGAAUUCAAACAGCAUUAUAAAAAGCAUCAAAUUGAUAUUAUUGUGGAUAAUGCAAGAACUCAUACGGCCAAGGCUUAUUCAUUGCAAGACUUUAGAAAAUCGGUGGGAGGUCAUUGUACUGUUGACUGUAUCGAGUAUCUUGAUGAAGAUGGUAAUCCACACAUUAUUGAUUGUUAUUUCAAGGAUGGAGCAAACAAAGGUAAAUCAAAGGGUUUAGUUGAAAUAUGCAAAGAUUUAGGUAUACAAUUACCACCUAAAAUUAAAUUAGAAGAAAUUCGAGAGCUAUUGCCAGGGCAUCCAGCAUUUCAGAACGCCACAAAACUCGAAACAUUUGCACUCAAAUAUAAAGUUAAUGUUAUAUUUUGUCCAAAAUAUCAUUGUGAACUCAAUGCAAUUGAAGGCUUUUGGUAUAGUCAGAAAGCAUUUGUUCGUUCACGUACCGACCAAGCCUUCGAAAAAAUGAUAAAAUUAAUAUCUGAAUCUCGUGCAUAUUUUGUCGAAAGGAGUAUUGCACUAAAACUAUUUCGUCGCUGUUGGCAUGCAGUUGAAGCACAUUCUCAAGGACAAACAUAUGGUGAGGUGUUUAAACUAUUCUUUAGUCAAUUGUGUAGUGCAUCUGUUCAAUCACAUCGACGAAUAUCAAACGAUAUUAUAAACGAUGACUAA